AUGGCUACUAUCCCUCAACUGCAUCCCAAGCUCUCACUGCACCUCGCGGACCGCUCACUGACUCCUCUGAUCUCCACCUCGAGGACGUUGGCGUCGGGUGCCGGCGGCGGCAGCAGCAGCAGCAGCCCCGAUGAGCAGCAGAAGAAGCAGGAUGCCCUUGCCAGUCUUACCUCGACGGCGCUCACCAUCCACGACGCGGCGCUUCACUUCGGCCUGGGCCGCCCGCAGCGCGUGCUGGUCGACUACGGAGGUCCCGUCAUGAUUCAAACUUUUCUGGACCCUGCCGCCCUGCGGGAUGAGCAUCAUUCUGCACUACCACCAGUAGCAGCAACGACGAAUCCACAGGCAAUGGCUGCAACGGCGGCGGGCCCCCCUGGUGGUGGUGGUGGUGGUGGCGGUGGUGCAACUCACUUGAUGCCCCACAGGCCACUUCCCCACCGUGGCCUGUCUGCGUCAUCCAUCAGGUCUGCCUUUUCGAGGCCUAGCAGCAGCAACACCACCGGGCAGAGGUCGCAGAUGGACGGCGAUGGGUUCAGGGUGAACGGUUCUUCGGCAGCGUCCCAAGCCGAACGGGCGGCCUACUAUGGCGGCCAGGACUUUUCCAAACCUGUUGCUGCUGCUGCCAAGAAUGGCCACGCUGCAGAUUACGACGACGAUGACGAACAUGAACAUCAUGACAGUAACGACGACGGCGAUAGUAUGGAUAGCCACAAGGAAGACGAAGACGCAGACGCCCCUCCAAUGCUCGUCGGUAUCGUUCUGAGCGCAAGCGUUGAAGAGGCAACCGACGCCAGGAGAGCCACUGCUCGCUUGGAGAAGAUAGGUUGUGAAAUUCAGCGACGCUGGUCUGCCGAAUGA